AAAAGAUUGUAAUCAUCUGUCUGAGGAGACAGAUAAACUCAGUCACAUUAAAUUUUUUUUUCUCUUGAGAAAUUAUGCAAGAAGAGGUAAAAGCAAGCGAAUCUCGUCGGCCUUCAUCUGAAGAUGGAUCGAGCAAAGGAGGUGCAGCGGUGGAGGAAAAAAUGACACAGACAGAGCCGGAGAACACUUCGCUGGAUCGAGUAGUCUCAGGACCUCCAUAUUCAAUCUUUAGCAGCAAGACCAAGCUCUUCAUUGUUCUCAUGAUUGCGGGUGCUGCAUUGAUAUCUCCAUUUGCCGCUACGCUAUUCUAUCCCGCCCUGAACGCACUCGCAGCUCAGCUGGACGUCUCGGACUCAUUGAUUACUCUUUCUGUUACGACGUACAUGCUCGCCCAAGCAAUUUCCCCAGCCUUUAUCGCUGGAGUAUCAGACCAAGACGGGCGAAGGUUGUCUUUCAUCAUAUGUUUUGCCAUAUACAUAGUGGCCAAUGUUGGCUUGGCACUCCAGACCAAUUAUGCGGCGCUCCUGGUCCUCCGUUGCGUUCAGGCAGCUGGAAGUAGCCCAACAAUUGCGCUUGCAAUUGCUGUAGUUGCAGACGUCGCAACCUCUGCAGAACGUGGAAAGUUCAUGGGAUACGCGACCGGCGGCAUUCUUGUCGGACCUGCCUUUGGGCCUACAAUCGGUGGCUUACUAGCGGAGUAUCUUGGUUGGAGAGCAAUAUUCUGGUUCUUAGUUAUCUUUGGAGCAAUCUUUGGGCUCAUUUUCGUUAUUUUGGUCCCAGAGACUUGUCGGAAUGUUGUAGGUAACGGGUCUAUCCCAGCCAGAGGCGUUAGCAUGUCUGUUCUUGGAUAUUGGCAACGUCGAAAGCAGGAAAGAAAGCCAGGAAGUCAUUCGCAACAACUGCCGGAGAAGAAAAAUUUUGUGUGGCCAAAUCCAAUUCUUACGCUGAAAAUCCUCAGAGAGAAGGAAAGUGCGAUGCUCUUGGUCUACAAUGGUUUAUUUUUCAAUGGCCAGAUGGCCUUAUCGACCGCCUUACCACACAUGCUGGAGACAUACUACGGCUAUAAUGUACUCAAGAUUGGGCUUUGUUUCCUGCCAUUAGGAUGUGGCAGUCUGCUCUCCGCGAUGGCCAUGGGGCGCGUAGUUGACUGGAGAUUUCGCUGGCACGCUGUAAAACUGGGCAUGGAGCUCAAGAAGGGCCGACAACAAGACCUUACAAAUUUUCCGAUAGAAAGGGCGCGUCUCGAAGUAAUCGUGCCGGCUCAUGUACUUGGAUUGGUCUUCCUUAUUGUGUUUGGGUGGCUAGUUCACUACAGAGUCCACAUUGCCGGCGUCCUGGUUACUCUAUUUUUUAUCGGUUUCGGUAUCUCAACCUCCUUCAACACAUCCAAUACACUCCUCAUUGAUCUGCAUCGGAGCAAGCCCGCAACAGCAACAGCAGCAGUAAAUUUUGUACGUUGCCUAAUAUCGGCUGGAGGCGUAGCUGCGAUCGUUCCCAUGAUCGAGGCUAUGAACCCUGGUUGGUGCUUCACUUUCCUUGGGUUGCUCUAUGUGGCUGUCAUUCCGAUGCUCUGGGCUGUUGGGCGAUACGGUCCAAGAUGGAGAGCAGAGCUUGCUAGGAACGGCUCGAAAGAGUAA